AUGACCUCUGAUAGUUUUGUACAACCAUCAAUUCCUUGCUUUGAUGGUCACUACGAUCAUUGGAGCAUGUUGAUGGAAAAUUUUCUCAGAUCCAAGGAGUAUUGGCAAGCCGUCUCUAAGGGAAUAUCGGAGUCGGGCACAUCAGCAACGGAUGCACAACGACUAGAAAUUGACACUUUGAAAUUGAAAGAUCUUAAGGCAAAGAAUUAUCUCUUUCAAGCGAUUGAUCGUUCAACAUUGGAAACUAUCCUUUGCAAAGAUACGUCAAAGGAUAUUUGGGAUUCGAUGAAAAAGAAAUUCCAGGGAGCAACCAGAGCAAGGAGUCAGCAGCUUCAGGCACUUCGCUCAGAGUUUGAACUUCAUCGAAUGCAAUCUGGGGAGACCAUUCUGGACUUCUUCUCAAGGACGAUGGUUAUCAUCAGUAAGAUGAGAACAUUUGACGAGAAAAUAGAGGAUGUGGUUGUAGUCGAAAAAAGUAUCCUCUCAUUGAAACCAAAGUUCAAUUACAUGGUAUGCUCCAUUGAGGAGUCAAAAGAUCUUGAUAUUUUGUCUAUUGAUGAAUUGCAAGUUUCAUUGUUGGUUCAUGAAAGAAAAUUGGAGCAGCAAGAUAAUGUAGAAUUAGCAUUGAAAGUUUCGUCAGAUCAUUCGAUUAAAGGCAAUGGAAGACGAAAAUCAAAUGGCCACAAUGACAGAGGUCGCAACAUAGGUCGCGGUAGAGGAAACUAUGGUCAUUAA